UCCACCUCCUUCCCGUCUAGGGGAGUCUCCUAUUAAAGCAACGCGCAGGCUGCAAAUAAACCAGGUCGCCGUUUGCGGAGGAAAGAUGGACUUCUUGCGGGCGCUUUUGCUGUGUAGCGUACUCUUGCCCAGUUGCUUCUGCAACCAGGCGCCCGAGGGAAGGCUCCUCGGGGGACUGAUGGAUGCCUCCCCGGAGGAACCGGACGUCAGCGCGGCCCUUCAAUUUGCCAUGAACGAAUACAACCGAGGCAGCAAUGAUAUGUACCAUAGCCGUGUAUCCGAAGUGGUGCAAGCCCAGAAACAGAUUGUCAGCGGAAUUAAGUAUUACUUCACUGUUAAGAUUGGACGUACCGUUUGCCGUAAGGGAGCAUCUGACCUUGAAAAUUGUGCAUUUCAUAACACACCUAAACUGGCACAGACAAUGACUUGCACUUUUGAGAUUUACCAGGUUCCUUGGAUAAACAUGAUCCGCCUGACAAAAAGCAGCUGCACCUAAAAAUUCUGGUUUCCUACAAGUCAGCUUUCUACUAUUCUGAUCCUACGUCUCUAGUUAAAACGAGUAACAAUCCAGACACAUUUUCAAGUUAGAAUUGUGCCGCUAAUUCAAGCAACACCUCUGAGUUCCUAAAGCAAGUAAUUUCCUGUAAUUUUCCUUCUAGAAUACUUUAUAACCAUGUCAUCUCAUUUUGCAAGGAUGGAUUGUGUCAUAGCAGAGAAAAAUCACAUUAAAGGUUUUCUUGUCAAAUGUUAA